GCACACCGAGUGCUCUGCACAUUCCUCCCCCCCAUGCGGUGAGAAGGUGAGCAGUACAGGAGGGGUGAGGGACACACGAUGCUGCCUGUAAGAGGGGAGACUCUGAUCCGACACACGGCUGCCCUGUGCUGUCGGAUUGCAGGCAGCAGCGGUCUUCUGUGCCGGGACUCGGGGUUUCAGAAUCAGGACAGUAAAAGAUGUUACCGCGCAGUACCUACGCAUGGCAUCGGCAGAUACCGACACUUGCUGCCCCCCGAAGUCGAUAAAAAAAAGAGUAAACUACAGAAGGUGAUUAAACAAGGCACGGACUCUGAAUACGGCACCCUGAACUUCCAGGUGUCCGGGUACAACAUGGUCUACGUAGAAAGCUUUGCGCGGUACAUUCAUAAAUACUUUAACCAGAUGUCCAUCACCGUGGAGGAGAGCUAUGCCCUGCCGAGCAAGACCACAGAGGUUAUGCUGCAGCAGGACGUGGGGACCAAGAUGUCUGUCGACUGCGCCAUCACCACCCAUGAGAGGGUCGUCCAGGUGAGCGGCCUCAAAGCUACUAUGGCCUCUAUUAUUCUGGAGGUCCUCAUGAUGAAUCAGCCGGAAGGGGUCCAGCUACUGGUCAAAGAGCACACAGAGGAGGAUUACCUGAAGAGGUUCAAGGCCCGGCCACAAGUAGAAAAGAUGAAAGCCGCAAUGACCUGA